UACAGCUCAUUGCAUGCUCCAGAGGGUAGGGCAUAAUUACUCUGUCGGCGGAUAACUCAAGUUCAACCAAGUGAGUUUCCAAAGCAGAGUUGAAGACCAAAGUCAUCAAAUUUCUAAAUUGCCUCCACCACCUCUCACUCUCUCCCUAUAUACUCUCUCUCUCUCUGCUCUACAUAAAUUCUCUCCCACUCACUCACUCGGUGUGAUUUCAGUCUCUCUCUCUCUCUCUCUCUCUCUCUCUCUCUGUGCUUCGCAGAUUCUCUCACUAGUAACUAGCACUGUCGGGGGAGUGGAGGGAGAGAGAACUUCAAAUACCAUAUACCCACUGGAGGGCUCAUCUCUCUAAAGCUUUCACACCAUUCUCUCCCAUUUUCAGUGCAGGGUUGAGGGAGUUAAUUGCAACAAUAUCAUGAAAUCUAAGCAUAAUUCUUCAGGAAACAGAACAAGAAGCACGAUAUCUAUAUUCGUUGUUAUUGCUCUGUGUUGUUUCUUCUACCUUCUUGGAGCAUGGGAAAAGAGUGGUUUUGGAAAAAGAGAUAGCAUAGCAUUUCCAGUAACCAAGCAGACAGAUUGCAGCAAUGUCUUUACUAAUUUGAACUUUGAAACACUUCACAACAUUGAGGAGAUAGUUGAACCCUCUGAACCUAAAGUCAAAGAGUUCAAGCCUUGUGAUGUUAAGUAUGCUGAUUAUACUCCUUGUCAAGAGCAAGACCGAGCAAUGAAAUUCCCCAGGGAAAAUAUGAUAUACAGGGAAAGGCAUUGUCCACCAGAAGAGGAAAAAUUGCAUUGUCUUAUUCCAGAAUGGAAAGGAUAUAUGACUCUUUUCCCCUGGCCUAAAGGCCGUGACUAUGUCCACUAUGCCAACAUCCCUUAUAAAAGCCUGACAGUUGAGAAAGCUGUUCAGAACUGGGUGCAGUUUCAGGGAAAUGUUUUCAAAUUUCCAGGUGGAGGAACAAUGUUCCUCCAAGGCGCUGGUGCAUAUAUUGACGAACUAGCAUCAGGUAUUCCGAUUUCAGAUGGCUCUGUCAGGACCGCAUUGGAUACUGGUUGUGGUGUUGCAAGUUGGGGUGCAUACUUGCUAAAGAGAAAUGUAUUAGCCAUGUCCUUUGCACCACGGGAUAAUCAUGAAGCACAAGUGCAGUUUGCAUUGGAGCGACGUGUACCUGCUGUUAUUGGUGUGCUUGGAUCAAUUCGUCUCCCAUACCCAUCUAGGGCCUUUGAUAUGGCUCAGUGCUCUCGGUGUUUAAUUCCAUGGACUGCAAAUGAUGGGAUGUACCUAAAAGAAGUUGAUCGAGUCCUUAGACCUGGUGGAUAUUGGAUCUUGUCUGGACCUCCAAUUAAUUGGAAGACAUACUACAAAACGUGGAAGCGGUCUAAGGAGGAUGUCCAGACAGAGCAAAGACAGAUUGAAGCACUAGCUGAAAGUCUUUGCUGGGAGAAAAAGUAUGAGAAAGGAGAUAUGGCUAUUUGGAAGAAAAAAGUUAAUACAAAAUCCUGCAAAAGCAAGUCUGUCAAUGUAUGCCAGACAGAGGAUGCUGAUGAUGUCUGGUACAAGAAAAUGGACACAUGCGUAACCCCCUCUCCUGAGGUAACCAAUGCAAAUGAAGUAGCAGUGGGGGCGUUGAAGUUUCCUGCGAGGCUUUAUGCAGUCCCUCCUCGAAUAGCUAAUGGUUUAGUUGACGGAGUUACUACUGAAUCUUACCAAGAGGAUAAUAAACUUUGGAAAAAGCAUGUAAAUACUUACAAAAGAAUCAACAACUUGAUUGGCACUACCAGAUAUCGGAAUGUCAUGGAUAUGAAUGCAGGCCUUGGAGGAUUUGCAGCAGCCCUUGAAUCACGUAAAUCUUGGGUUAUGAAUGUUGUGCCUACAAUUGCAAAGAACACUUUAGGUGUUAUUUAUGAGAGAGGUCUCAUUGGCAUUUAUCAUGACUGGUGUGAAGGCUUCUCCACGUACCCAAGGUCGUAUGACCUUAUUCAUGCUAGUGGGGUGUUCAGCUUGUACAAGAACGAGUGCAGUCUGGAAGACAUCCUUCUGGAGAUGGACCGCAUCUUGCGGCCUGAAGGUGCCGUCAUCUUCAGGGAUGAAGUUGAUGUCCUGAACAAGGUUAGGAAGAUAGUCGGGGGCAUGAGAUGGGAUGCCAAAAUUAUGGAUCAUGAGGAUGGCCCCCUUGUGCCGGAGAAGAUAUUGGUUGUCGUUAAACAGUACUGGGUUGCCGGCAGUGGAAACAGCACAUCCAAUGAUCAGUAAACCAGGAGUGAUCAUUUGGCUGUGAAUAAAACCGAAUAUAGCGCCACAGUUAUGAAAUUGCUCUAUAGUUGGGAACCAAAGUGUUCUGAUCCUUGGGGAUGAUGAGUUGUGUGUAAUUUUAAUUUAUAGAACAUUUAUUUACUUUCUAAUUCGCUUGAUUUCACAGGGGAGUAGGAUUAUAGGAAUGUUGAAUAAUUAGUUCAAGAAUGUCACAAUGCAACAGAAUUAAUUUAUAAAGAUAUUUCUCAGUUGUCUUUCUGACCAAAGUAAA